CUGCUGCCUUCUGCUUUUCUUUUCUCACCAUUUUCCUUUCUUUCGCAUGCAUCUGUUUCUUGCUGCUGUUUCUUUCUCGCACUUUCACCUGUCUUUCUCGGAUCUCAAAUUUCGGCCUCGAACUUCGACUACUAACUUUCUAAUUUCGGAACCUGGUCUAUUCCCGGUCCUAUGCUGCCAACUCGGUGAGCUCUGAAGGCUCAGAUUUUUGUAUGCAUCCGCAUACAAUGAAGACAAGUCCGGCGGGGAAGCUGGCCAUGGGUCGGGAGCUUCACAGGGUGCUCCGGCACCGCUCUCUCAUGUUUACCCAUGCAGGAAGUUUGCAACUGCAAACUCUCAUCGGGUUUUCUCAGUCCGCUGAGGCAGAAAACCUGAUAAAGGGAGGUAACUUCCACCUAGCUAAUUUCAUGUGGUGAGCUAUCCCUAAGUACUGCCUUUGCCCUCCCAAUAUUGCUUUUGCCCGCAUUUGCUUAUGCGGAUGCCUCGCUUCCUCUUCGGCAAUGCUGCCGCGCUUUCACUUUGCCAUGCUUCCACUUUGGCGAUGCCGCCAUGCUACCUCUUACCUGCUACCUCUCACCAAGCCGCCUCCUUCUACGACUGUGGGGAUCCGAGGCUCACUUCGCUGCGUCGCAUUCACUCCUACUUUCUUCGGAUUUGCAGCUCACCUCGGCUCACUCUUGCACAGGUUUGGGCCGCUAUCGCGGCCGGGUGCCCCUCUCGGGGCUCCGCCCAAAUAACCAUCUGCAUCCAGUCAAUGCAAACAUUCUCUCUCACGCUCUCACCGAAACUGCUGCACGAUAGCCCCCACAAA